GGUGGAGGCGGUGGCGGUGGCGGUGGCGGCGGCGGCGGCGGCAGCGGUAGCAGUAGCGGCGACGGCGACGGUCAGGAGACGCUCACGUAUGCGACUGCGGCUAACGUGGUAGAGGAGGUGGAGGUAGAGGUCGACGAGGUUAAGAUGGAAGCCGAGGACCAUUUAGCGAGGGAAUACGUGCAAGAGUUUGUCCUCGAUCAUCUGGAUCCCGCCGACGUCAAGCGAGAGGUGCGAAUGGGUUCACCGGCGGUAAUGGUGAACGGUAACGUGGUGCAACUGCCCGGGCAGGUGCAGUCACAGGGUCUGACGUUGGCUCCGUUGACGCCGCCCGCGCACGAGCUGGAGCAGCCGCAUCCGCUGUACGGGCAGCCUCACAUCCAAGUGCAGCACGGCGUCCUGGUGAAAGCGCCGCCGGGUACCGCGGCGCAUCUCACUACGCUGUCGCAUCCGGGUACGCCGCCGGAUACGCCGCCGGUCUCGACCUCGCCGCCGCCGCUGCAGCUGCACCGCGGUGACUCCCGGGAUCCCCGGGAUGCGCGCGAUCCCCGCGAUCGCGGUGGCAUUCUGCUGCAGCUGCAACAGCCGACGGCUCUGGUGCACGAGGAGAUGCAGGUGGGUGCGGGCGGCAUGGGUUGGCUGACGCAAUCGCUGAGACAGGAGCCGCUGGACCUCAGGCCUCACUGCCUCCAAGAGCAAACUUCGGAGCCGCACCACGAGUCUUGGUCGGCCACGCCGACGCAUCACCAUUUCCAAGAAUUGCAACAUCUGCCGCGACCCAUCAGGCACACGAGUGGAUACCUGGCGAUGUCGAGUCAUCUGGAAUAUUAUGGCGGCCCGGGCACAGGAGGCGCGAUGCUUCCCGCGGGUGGGACUGUGAUGCCGAAUAUGGAGGACAGCAUGCAGGGUAUACCGAUGCAAUCGGGCAGACCACUGAGUGUGUGCUCUGUAAGUUCCUGCGGUGGUGGACCUAGCCCGCCUCAUCGUGGGAGCAAUGGCCUGUACUCCAAUUGCAAUGGCUCGAAUGGCGCUCCGGAGGAUGUUAUAAACGACGAACUUCUGAUGUCGCUUUCGGUACGCGAGCUCAACAAACGCCUCCAUGGUUCCCCGCGGGAAGAGGUCGUGCGGCUGAAGCAAAAGCGGCGGACCCUGAAGAACCGCGGCUACGCUCAGAACUGUCGUAGCAAGCGGUUGCAACAACGCCACGAGCUCGAGGCCAACAAUCAGAACCUACAGAACGAGCUUCAGCACCUAAGGAACGAGCUGGCGCGGAUUCAGCAAGAGCGUGAUCUUUACAAGCAAAGAUACGAGAUGUUAAGAACGAGGCAAAAUCAUCAUCAUAAUCAUAACCAUCAUCAACAGCAGACGUCGCAGCAGCAGCAGCAGCAGCAGCAACAGCAACAACAGCAGCAACAUCAGACAGCAGCAACUCCAAAUCAACAACCGCAUCAGCAGCAACAGCAACAGCAGCAACACCAACCAGCACCCGCGAGUCCAGAAGUCUACCUGUGACAUCGACAGCGCCGAGGAGGCGCUUGUUGGACUUGAGAAAUUACUCGUUACGUCGAUGGCUCAUUGGUGAGUGAGAACAAUUAAUAAAUUUGUCAUAAUGAACGCAAGUUUGAUGCGACGCGUAGUAUAAUUUGAUCGAGCAAGAUCUCUCUCUCAAGAUAUUUUAUUUGAGACUGUAUAUAUCCUAUAAUAUGUGUAUUAAAUCGAUUUCACACUGUGCAUCGCGUUGGAAAAAGUAAAGAGAUGUAGCACAUUGCGCGUUGUAAACUUUUACGCAACAUUUUGUCAGGCUUUAUUAUAAAAAACUGGACUUGCUUUAAGAUAUUAAAUAUAAUUUUUAGAUAUUUAACAGCAUAAAAUAGAUACAUACAUCUUAGGUAAUAAUUUAAAGACAAGAUUUUCUUCUAAGAGCUUGUGUUGAAAUGUUUAUUACUUUUUUCCAAGCAUCCUGUAUACUUAGUUAGGUGACUGCUUCAUUACCACUUUUGCGCAUACGAGUAGAGUGAAACUUUAAUCAUCAUGAAAGAACAUCUUCUCCAAUCUUUAAACUCAGAUAGAUAAACAACUGACAUCGAGUUGAUACAAUUUAAUUUAACUGCAUUGGACUCAUUUAUUUGAUUUUUAUAUUUAAAAUAUAAAAGUUUGGAACAAAAUGUCGAGUACACAUCUUAAUUAAUCAAGCUUAAAUUUGUCUCAAGAGUUAAAUUUUAUUCGCGCAUAUAACCUAUUUAAACGAUUGUUUACAGCUUGACCAUGGACUGCAAAGAAAAUGUGAGAAGUAGUUUUCCAAUCGCGACUUAAGCGCUAAGCACAUUUUAAGCUAUAGGUGUAUAUAACGCUCGGUUUCAUGAUUUUCUUCGAAUCGUAACCGGAGGCUGGAGGCCUGAUUGCCAAACUGAUCAUAAACAUAUAAGCAGUUACUCUUCGUGUAACUAAAGUAUCAUUAGGUUAAAAAGGCAACUAGUUAAAACCGCGUAAUAUAUAAAUGUACAUGUUAGGCUAGAUACAUCUUCGUCGAAUAUUAUACGAACAAAAGUAAAAAAUGCGCAAAUUGAGCAAUGAGAAGUUUAUGCUACAUAACAUACCAUCAUGAAAUUUAUAUCUUGUUUGUUACGUUAUUUGUUAUAUAAUUCCUAACGAACAGUUUUUAUUGUGAUUUGUUAUUUAUAAUAUUAUUGGAAUUUUAAUCUGCAAUUUCGUUUGCGGUACCAAUGAAAUGUCUCUUUGUCGUCAAUACAUUUUACUCACCAGUCUUUACGUUUAACAAUUAAGAACUCUAUUCUCCUGACUUAUUUUCUAAAUUAUAUUAAUUAUUAAUUGAAUAUACGACAGGAGAGAGAGUACGAGUUUGAGCGUAGAUUACAUAUCAUUUUGCUACUCUUCUUCCUGAUUUUGUCUUCAUAUUCGCGGCAUUCCAUUCUGUGAUUUAGUUAUAUCUGUUGCCGCGUCUAUACGAAAGCUUUCGCGCUCGAUAAACAUUUAAUAUGUCAAUCAUCAUGUAUAUUGUGACAUUUAUCUUUAUAAUUAUUAGGUAUUUUUGGGUCAGAUAUUUAGAUAUUCGUGCAAUGUGAUGCAGAAACCGCGUCUGGCAAUUUUAGACUUGUACGUAUUUGACAUGUGUGAAAAAGAUGAAACGCAAACUUCAUGAGCAAUUAGUAAAAUUUACGCAACACAUACAAAUGAUAAAAAGAUAUAUGUAUUUAUCGUUAAUCAAUAUUGCAAAGGUAAUAUUGUCUGUUUCGGACCUUAUAUUUCAUCUUUUACAUGUGUCAAACACUUACAAAUGCCAAACAGAUAUAAUUUUGAAUUAUGUGUAUUACGUUUAAAUAUUCAUACAUCGUGAUAUAUUUUUAAUCGAUUAUAUUUUUUAUCGGCAAUAUUUUUAAUCAAUUAGCUAAAUAUUGUAUAAUCUGCUAUUUAUUUUUCAAUCGUAUAUUUAAUCUUUGACGCACAUCUGUGACACACAUUUGACAAAUUAUUAGAUAUAGAUCGUGAUACAUGAAAAGAAACAAUUUGUUUACAGCUAACAAAAUGAAUAACGCAGAUCUUAAAGAGCGGUUUUACGCAUUCUAAGAUCAAAAUGGCAAAUUAAAUAUAUUAAGAGUUAAAUUUACAAUGACAUGUAUCUGUGCACGCGAUUGCGUGCAUGUGUAUAUGUGUGUGUGUGUGUGUGUAUAAUGAGUGCACGAAUGCAUGAUGUACAUGAACGUGUGAAUAUGUGUGUGCAUAUUUAAAAAUACAUUUCUCUCAGUUUAUGUUUUGCAAAAUUGGUAUUAUUUCAACUAAAUAUUUUAAGCAUAAGGGGGAGAAAAGGGGGAAUAGCGUUCAGUUUUUAUUACAUAUACAAUCGCCAGCUAUUUUCACACGUGUUGUCAACAGCGCGUUUCUCUCUCUCAUAAUCUAUCAAUAUUUUAUCUUUUUAAUAUUCUCCAAAAUUUAAUAUAUGCAUACAAAUUCUUUCUUAGCUCAUUUUUAUCAUGAAAAUCAUGGCUGAAUUUUUUUAAAUAUUGUUUUUCCUUCGAAACUGCGUUAGUUUCGUAUUAUUCGACUAUGGUGGCAUAAAUUUUUGUGAUGCAUAUUUUGUAAAGAGAAGCUAACUAAUACCGUACCGCGAACGACAAUACGUUGUGAUACGUUAAUUUUAUCGGCAUUAUGAUACAUUUCUGAACGCUAGGCCUUGUUAUCGCGAAUGUUUAAUAAGCAAGAAAGAUUAUGCGAUACAAUGUUUGCAAAUGUUACGCGCUGCAACAUUGAAACGCGAAAGCUACGCUCCCGAUACCAAGUGGCGUAAGACGCAUAUGUUAUUGUUUUGUCGCAUUGGAUUGUAUUGGGUUUAUUAUGAUCGGUCUACCUCCAAUUCGACUUAAGAGUUAAGAAUGUUUUAAUUCUCGUUGCAUUUCAUAUGUAUAUAAAAGAAUAAUUAUUAUACUUCUUAUUAUAAAUAAAUGUCGAUGCCGACAGUUUCAAAUA